AAUUCUAUAGAAAUAGAAGAGCAAAUAUGCCUCUCGAUUUACAGGGAGUGAGGCAAUAUCUCAGUGAGUUGAGAAACUCGGGAGGCCUACACAAGGACCAGGCUGAAAAAUACCGCAACGUUCUUAUGGAAAUUCUUAAAACGCCGGUGGAAGAUUUGGCAGGUUCACUAAAAGCUUUUGUAGAAGCAAUUGUAAAUGAAAAUGUGAGUCUGGUGAUAUCACGGCAACUGCUGAGUGAUGUAAGCACACAUCUUGCUUUGUUGUCUGAUGAUGUCUCGCAGGAGGUGUCACACUUUGCUCUGGAUGUCAUACAACCCAGAGUCAUCUCCUUUGAGGAACAGGUAGCCAGUAUCAGGCAACAUUUGGCAGAAAUAUAUGAAAGACACCAAAAUUGGAAAGAGGCUGCUAAUGUACUGGUUGGAAUACCACUAGAAACUGGACAAAAGCAAUACUCAGUGGACUACAAACUAGAGACAUACCUCAAGAUAGCUCGCUUGUACUUAGAAGUGGAUGACCCUGUGCAAGCUGAAGCAUUUGUCAAUAGAGCCUCACUACUACAGGCUGAAACUACCAAUGAACAGUUGCAGAUUUAUUACAAAGUCUGUUAUGCUAGGGUCUUAGAUUAUAGGAGAAAGUUUAUAGAAGCUGCACAAAGGUACAACGAGCUGUCAUAUCGUAAUAUUAUUCACGAAGAUGAGAGAAUGACUUGCCUCAGAAAUGCUCUUAUUUGCACAGUUCUCGCAUCGGCGGGUCAACAAAGAUCGAGAAUGCUAGCAACUCUGUUCAAAGACGAGAGGUGCCAGCAGCUGCCUGCAUACUCGAUUUUAGAGAAGAUGUACUUAGACCGCAUCAUUCGUCGCUCUGAGUUGGCAGAGUUUGAAGCUCUCAUGCAGACACAUCAGAAGGCAAAAACAUCAGAUGGUACAGCAAUCCUAGACCGCGCAGUAUUCGAGCACAAUCUGCUGUCGGCGAGCAAACUGUACAAUAAUAUAACGUUUGAGGAGCUGGGCGCAUUAUUAGAGACGCCACCCGCCAAAGCCGAGCGCAUCGCCAGCCAUAUGAUCAGCGAGGGGCGUAUGAAUGGUUACAUUGACCAGAUCAGCUCGGUCGUGCAUUUUGAAACUCGUGAGAUCCUACCACAGUGGGACAAGCAGAUCCAGAGCCUAUGCUACCAAGUGAACAGCCUUAUAGAGAAAAUCGCAGACGCUGAACCUGAGUGGAUGGCCAAGCUCAUGGAGGAAGAGAUGAUACAGUAAAAUCCUUGUAUUUAUAGUCUCUAUUUGUAAUUGGUAACUCAAUAAUUAAAGUUCUUAACGCCUAUUAUGCGCAAGUUAUUAAAUUUUGUAUUACGUAAUACGUUUUCAGGAUGAAAUAAAACCAAAAAGAUACGAAAUGAGAAAAUACUGAAAAAUACUUUAUUAAACAAUCUGUGUAAUGAAAUCAAAAUAAAUAUAGUUAUAAACACACAAAAUUAAAUAAAAACCUAAAAUAUAUCUCCUCUGUACUCUUUCAUUCACUGAACAAUAUGACGCA